AUGGAGAGCAGUAACCUUCUGGGACGCAUCCGGAACCGUCCAAAACCCCCAGCAACCGCUCUAGCGAUCUUUAGCGCGAUAUUUUGCAUCAUGCCCAUUGCUCAGAUUGCAAUUGGGGCAAUAUACCUUCAUGAGUGUCCGCGCCAGCACUACAUCCCCAUCUAUCUGAUAGUGUUAGGACUCUCAAGCCUGUUGUUCGUGUUGCUCUCCUGCUUUCCCUGUGCCAAAGAGCCAGAAGAAGGCACCUCCAACCCUCUGAGCGCAAUCUACAAAGCCUGGAACUCACUGGCAAUGUUCUUUGUCUUCUGCUGGUUUAUCGCUGGUGAUGUAUGGAUCUACUCUAUUUAUCAGCCCAACUAUGACAAAAACACAACAAACGUGGACCCCUACUGCAACAAGACCCUUUACCUACUUAACGGCUGCUACGAGGCCUUGGAGGGAGGGAACACUGCAGAGGCCCUGAUCGACUUCACUGGUGGAGUUUCAGAGCCGCUCAGUCUGAAUCAUGAGGCUCUAAGACUUCACAGUGACCAGAGGAGGGCGCUCUGCCAGACUUUAACCAAGGUCCAUGAAUACAAAUCCCUCAUCACUUGCUCCAUACGGCCUGCAGAGGGGGAGACCGUGGAGUCAGUGCUGGAGUGUGGGCUCGUGCGAGGACACGCCUACGGGAUCACGGCAGUGAGGAAGGUGAGGUUGGGGGAGAAGGUACUGAAGAGAGGCGGGACAUCCAGACUCUUUAUGGUCCGCAUGAGGAACCCGUGGGGGACCACAGAUUGGACCGGUGCCUGGAGUCAGAGGUCAGAGCAGUGGCAGCAACUGAGUCGUGCAGAGAGGGACAAGAUGGGGCUCGUUGUUCGUGCUGUCGGGGAGUUUUGGAUGGAUUUCGAGGACUUCUGUCAACACUUUACAGACGUGGUGGUGUGCAGACUGGUGGAGAGGACUCUGCUGUGGCCGAGAUCUCGCUGGAGAGAAGUGAGCUGCUACGGGGAGUGGGUUCUACCUCCCCCCACCCAUGGAGCACCUCCACCCACUGUGCUCCAGAGUAACCCUACACUGACCCUGAGUAAGAGCAGCAACGGGCCUGGAGGGACCAAGCAGCGUGGGAACAGAAAGGAGGAUCGACUCGGUGAGAGUCAACAGGAAGGAAGGAAAAGAGGAAGAAGCAAGCCUGAUGUGAACAAAGUGACAGCAGAAAAGGGUGGUGGGAAGGUGAAUGGAGUAUGGAAGGUGGAGUUGGAUAAGAGGAGCCGGUGUGGUGGAUGUAUCAAUCACAGGGACACCUUCCUGCACAAUCCACAGUUCAUGUUUGAGGUGCGAGCCAAAGAGGAGGAGGUGCUGAUCUGUCUGCAGCAGGAGGACAGGAGGAUGUGGAGGAAAAAUGGAAAAGGAGAAAACCUGCCUAUUGGCUUUGAGGUGUUGAAGGUGGAGGUGAACCGCUGCAGUCGGGUGCAGUGCGUGGUGGAGCAGGCGGCCAGCUCCAUCUACAUGGAUUCCCGGAGUGUGACACUGAGGGGAACUCUGACUCUGGGACGUUAUGUUGUGCUGCCCACCACCUUCCUGCUUCGCCUCUUCUCCCACUCUCGUAUCAGACUCAGGUGAAAUGCUGGUCAGGAAAGAAGGGUUAGAAAUAGCUUUGAACGUUCUGAUAUUUGUAGAUACUGAAAAGGUACGGAGGACCGAAGCUGCCCAAAGGUUUCAAAACAAAAACAUUUUUUUACAAUUUUAUUUUUAUAUUUUCCACAAUUUAUGU